GAGGGCGUGUAAAAAAGAGGGAAAUAAAAAGAGAAAGAAACGAGGGAUAUAUCGAGGGAGAUGCUGAAGAGAGAGAGAGAGAGAGAGAGAGAGAGAGAGAGAGAGAGAGAGAGAGAGAGAGAGAGAAUUUUGGAUGUGUGGAAGCACUGGGAGCUCCUUGCACAUAAGGGUUUAACAUUUGCAGUGAAAAUUCUACAUUUCUCCUCCAAGACUUACACAGCCUUCCUGCUGCGAUGACGGAAACACAUGAAACGGCUCUUUAGCAGCAAGGGAGUGGUCCCCAGACCUCGCAUGGGCCUGAAGCCAUGAGCCACACCGGCCCUGUUCCUGAGCGGCUCGUGGAGUUCUGGAUGGGCAAGGCGGUGGAGUGGGGCCAGGCCCUGACCCCUUCAGCCCGGCAUGACGUAGCCCUCCACCUUGACCAGCUGAGGGCUUUCCUCCGCCAGCUCGUGCUAGAUCUGCGAACGGCUCCGCUCAUCCAGCAGAAGGAUAUGCCGAGCUUGGAGCCCGUUCCAGAACACACAGGACAGACUUGGGUGAUCGCUGCAUGUGACCACGUGUGGAUGUCGCUUUUGGGAUCUCAGAGGGGUUCCACCCUGGAGGUGAUGAGGACGGCUCCCUUCGUGGGCCAGUUCCUGGGAAGGCUCUGCUGGAACACCUUUGUGACUGCUGACAAGGAGAGCCGGGCUUGUCUGCUGCAGUGCCUGCACAGCAUGUACAGUGUGCAGCCCCAGGGGUGCCUUGAGCUUAAAGCCAACCAGUGGAUUCAGAACGUACUGUGCCACCUUUUGGCUGAGGAGGACUCCGGAACAGUGCAAACUGUACUCAAGCAUGUCGGCUGGACUUCGAGGGACUAUCAUUCAGAGCUGCUGAGAGACAUGGUGGCGCUGCUGGUGAAUGAUGUCAGGAAAGCCGCUUUCAGUGAAAUUCACACUCAGGAAGUAUGUCCAUGUGACAGGAUCCACGGUCUGUCCGUUUCCUGUAUCCUACUGGUCACGUGUCCUGAGGCUGCCCCUCUGAUUGGUGCUCUGCUUGAUUGCCCCUCCAUCUGUCCCAAGGCAGCCCUGAGUGAGGCCUUCCUGCAUGCCGUGAAUGAGGCCCUGCUGAAUCAGAGGCUGGUCCUGGAGGAGCGGGCGGUGGUGGCACUGUGGAGUCGCAGCCUCGUCAGCCUGGAGAGAGCCGUGCUACACCUUUUGGAGUCGGCGCUCUCAGACCCGCGGCCGUCCAUGCAGGAGCUGGAGGAGCAGGUCACUGGCUCUCUACUGCCAAGAGCCUCUGCCCUCUCUUGUCCCCUCUUCCUCGUGGUCAAUGAUAUUUUCAGGGCCGCGUUGCGGGGGGCUUCUGGGAACCAGGCCCUGCGCUCUCUCCUCCAAGCCUUCACAUGCUGCUUCCUCCAGGCACGGGGACAGGUGGAGCCGCAGGAUAGGCUGCCCCUGACGGCCUUCUUCCCCAGCGUCCCUGUGUCCGUGCUCAUGCCCUUGGUGCAGCGUCCCACAGAUUUGCCUGAGGAUGCAUGGCCUGCACACCUGGUCUGGAUCAGCCGCUGCCUUCAGAUGCCCAGGGGGCACGACGAGGCAGCAGACGCAAGGUGGCGCUGUGGUCCAUUUGACAGCUGGCUCUUGCUGGUGCAGAAUGGGCACUGGGUGGAUGUGGCAGGCCAGCUUCUCGUCAAAUCUGAUCCCCAGGUCUCUGCUCCUCUGGUUUGGCUGUUGAUGUUCUAUCAUCACCCAGAUGACAAUGAGCAUAGAAGGACCCAGGCACUAGCUGCAGCUGAAGAGGCCUUAUUACACCUGAGAGCUCUGUUCUGCAGCGCCUGUCCGCCCCCACCGCCUCGUCAGCAGGAACACAUCCAGGUGUUGGUGGGCCUGCUGACCGCCCACUCUCAGCACCCCUCCACGGCUGGACUCCUCCUCCGGCUCUCGGUCAGCUUCUGCGCCUUCUCAGAGCCUGUCAGCGCAGCUGUGGAACUGCUUGACGUGAUGAAGGUACAUUCAGGCUUGGUUCAUGAUGCCAUCACACUCCUCGCCAGUUUUGAGUGUGGACUAACUGGAGGAGAAGCCGAUCCCAGGCUGAGGAGAAUUCGGGACAUUCUCCGAUGUGUACGGGCGGGCACCAACAGCGGCGUGCCCCAGGCACUCUCCGUCGAGGCUGCACAUUCUUCAGAUGUCUCAGGUGCAUCGUAAGAUAUCUGCUGGAUAUCGGCUUGUGGUGGAAUUGCUUUUUAACCUUGAAUCCCCCUGACUUUUAAAAAUCCCCCUGCAUUUUAAAAUGCAGCCCUUGUUACAGAUGCUAAACAAUCUGCCAUUUGUGUGGCAGUUCAGCUGCUUUCGCUUUUACCACCGGAGGUCCUCGGGAUGUGAGCCUGCCAAAUGCCCUGUUUUCCAGCUACACACCGUUUUUAGCCGGGAAUGGUUAGGGCGGUCGCUCCGUCUCUUCCUGUGAAAUUUACCCUGCUGCAAUAAAAAUGUAGACUGCAUUUUUUUUUUUUUUUAAACAUUACUUUGAUUUCCCGACAGACUUUAGAAAAUAAAAGGGAUGAUUAAA